AUGAACAUUACCGGUAGAAUCCCUUCCGUCAUCUGCGACCUCAAGAACAUCACCCUCAUUGUCCUCUCAUCCAACUAUCUCCUGGGUGAAUUUCCAACUGUUCUUUACAACUGUUCAAAGCUCGAAAUUCUUGAUCUUUCUCAGAACAUGUUGGUUGGACGGGUUCCUGAUGAUAUCCACCGGUUUUCUCGCCUCUCGUUCCUCAAUCUUGGCCAAAAUACGUUCUUCGGUGACAUCCCAGAGGCAAUUGGGCGUUUAACGACAUUGAAGAAUCUUUAUCUCCAUCAAAAUAAGUUUAAUGGAACUUUCCCUCCAGAAAUCUGCAACCUGUCAAACCUUGAAGCUCUCGCCAUGGAUAGAAACAAAUUCGUGCCUUCACGGAUCCCUGUGGAACUCACUCGGUUGAAGAAUCUUAGUUUUUUGUCAAUGCUGAUGACUAAUCUGAUUGGAGAAAUUCCGGAAUCAGUCGGUGACAUGACGGGACUUCAACUCAUCAACCUGUCGGCGAACAAUCUCAACGGUAUGAUUCCAGACAGCUUGUUUCUUUUGAAGAAACUAACUCAUUUGUAUGUUUAUGGAAACAAAUUGUCAGGAGAGAUUCCCAGACGAAUUGAAGCUCUGAGUCUAACGACGAUGGAUCUUUCAGCAAACAACUUAACUGGAACGAUACCGGAAGAUUUCGGAAAACUGAAUAACUUGACGAUGUUGUUCAUGCAUUCAAACCAAUUAUCCGGUAAGAUGCCGGCCAGUAUCGGCUCGAGGUGGGGUUUGAAGCAAUUCCGACUAAAAGGCAAUAGUUUGUCUGGAGAGAUUCCAGAAACAAUCGGUAAUCUGAUGAAGCUAGAAAUGUUGGAACUCUCGCAUAACAACUUGAGUGGGAUUAUCCCUGGUUCUUUAUUUUUGUUAAAGAAUCUAAAAUAUUUAUAUCUUAGUGAUAACAACUUAUCCGGGGAGAUUCCACGACGAGUUGAAGCUUUGAAUAUGGUCAGAAUUGUUCUUUCAAGGAACAACUUGACUGGUACAAUCCCUGAAGAGUUUGGGAGAUUAGAUAAAUUGACGAUCUUAUCUGUGCAUUCUAAUCAAUUCACCGCUGUCCGCCGCCGCCUGCCACCACUUGCCACCGCUGUUUGCUGCUGCCCACUGCCUCCGCCAUCUCUGCCUCCACGUCCGGCAAUGUUGCCAGAGGUGAUCGAAGGCAGAGGUAGAGGCGGGGGCGGUGGUGGUCAUUUCUUUACCCAAUGCCGCCGCUGCCACCUUUGUCUCCACUCACCUCCGACAGCGUUGCUGGAGGUUGAGGUGGAGGCGGAGGUGAAGGUGUUGGGCAGAGAAAUGACCACCAAUGCCGUCGCCGCCACAUCUGCCUCUGGCCACCUCCAGCAAUGUUGCCGGAGGUAG